UGUUCUUUCUCUUCUUUUCAAAUUUCAGUUGUUAUCAGAAGAUUGGAAAUUUUCGCGGUUGCGAUAAUUGAAAGAGUUGCCUUUCAGAAUGGCUGGUGUAUCGCUUGACGCUGUUAAUCAAUACAUUGACGAGCACAUGAGCAAUUUCAAAGAAGGUCUUCGAGAUGCAGUUGCUAUUAAAAGCGUAUCGUCUAAUAGAGACCAUCGAGGAGACGUCAUCCGAAUGAUGGAAACGGCUGCAUCGAGAAUGGAAAACAGUUUAGGAAUGUCAGUUGAACUAAGAGAUCUUGGCCUUGACCCAAAUUAUCCCGAUGGAGAUGUUCAACUUCCACCUGUGAUUCUUGCUUCACUUGGAAAUGACCCGACCAAGAAAACCCUGUGCAUUUAUGGUCAUCUUGACGUUCAACCGGCAGAAAUGUCAGAUGGCUAAUCAUCCUCCUUUGAAUUGACAAUUGUUGAUGACGAAAUGUUUGGUCGCGGAUCGACUGACGACAAGGGACCUGUCCUUGGAUGGUUGAAUUCAAUCGAAGCUUUCCAGCAAACAAACACCGGUAUUCCUUUAAAUUUGAAGUUUGUGCUUGAAGGUAUGGAGGAAAGUGGAAGUGUUGGUUUGGCAGAUCUUAUCAAGGAGGAAAAAGAUCUAUUUUUCAAGGAUGUUGAUUUCAUUGCUAUAUCCGAUAACUAUUGGCUUGGUACUUCAAAACCUUGUUUGACUUAUGGUCUUCGAGGUAUCAUCUAUUUCCAUGUCAAAGUGAAUUGUGCCGACAAAGAUUUACAUUCUGGAAGCCAUGGUGGACCUGUGUAUGAAGCAAUGUCGGAUGUGGUUGCAUUGCUGUCCACGUUAACUGACGAAAAGGGAAAAAUAUUGAUACCAGGUGUUAAUGAUUCCGUUCGUGAAUUGACUCCUGAAGAGGAAGCUCUCUAUGACGAUUUGGAUUUUGACAUGAAUGUCUACCGUGAGCAACUCGGUGCACACGAGCUGACAACUUCUAACGAGAAAAAUACACUCAUGAGACGUUGGAGAUAUCCAUCCUUAUCCAUUCAUGGAUUUGAAGGUGCGUUUUCUGGCCCUGGUGACAAAACCGUCAUUCCAUAUGAGGUGAUAGGAAAGUUCUCAAUUCGCCUUGUACCUGAUCAAGAUCCUGAAGUGAUUGGACAGUUAGUUAUCGAUCAUCUUAACUAUGUUCACAGACAAAGAGGAAGUCCAAAUAUCAUGACUCCGACUUACUCCAACGGGGCUUCACGUGCUUGGCUCGGAGAUUUCGAGAACCCAGUGUUUGAAGCUGGAAAGAUGGCUACAUUAGAUGUCCAUAAUGUGGAGCCUGACUACACCCGCGAGGGAGGUAGCAUUCCAGUUGUUUUGACACUCGCCGAGACCACUGGCAAGGACUGUGUGCUUUUGCCGAUGGGAAGGUCUGAUGAUGGUGCUCAUUCUCAAAAUGAAAAGUUGAACGUGACGAAUUUUCAUGCUGGUAUGAAGCUGUUUGCUGCAUAUAUUAAACAUCUCGAUACGUUAACAAGAGGUGCUGGAAAACAGACGUGCACGAUGAAAUGAAUCUGACGUCAGCUGAAUUAGCUUUGGAACACGAGAUUAAAAGACAUCUUCUAAUGAAUUGCUUCGUCGAAUACGCAAUUUGAAAAGCACAAGUUUCUAAAUUACGCAUGUAGACCUUGAACACUUAACUUUUUAAAUUUUAAUCCAUAAUUAUGUACAAUUAAGAAUUUUCACUGGUCAGAUGUUAUUAAUUAGAGCACGGACACACAAUUGACGUCAUACGACUUCAGUUUCGCUUGUUGUAAUCACACUUUCACGUUCAAAAGGAAGAAGAAUGAAAAUAGAAAA